AUGUCCGGUAGCGAGAAUGGCGCCAACACCAACACUGCUGGCGACAGAGCGAUGGUGAGCCCAGACAGGACCAUUGGCUUGAGGAGUGCGUCGCCGGCCAAGAGGAGUGCGGCGGACAUGGAGGAUGUGUCGGCUGGACAGAAGCACGUGCCUGGGAGUUUCGCGUCGGGUGGUCAGGAAGAGCAGUCGCAGAAGGUGCCUGGGAGCUUCACGAAUGAGAAUGAGCAGGGGCCUAGUGAUUUCGACGUGGCGAUGGCGGGCAUGACACCGGCGAGUCAGAGCAUGGAGACGCAAGAGACGGGGAACAGCUUUGCGACCUCGGAUGGAGGAGCCAUGUCAGUGGACACCCAAGCGACGAGUGUACAGCAGGAUGGAGAGUCAAACGGCGAGAGCACAUCUGCCGAGAGCAAGUCCGUUCACCAAGAGCCAUACACAACUGCACAAACGGAAGAGCAAGUCCGGCAUGUCGAAGCAUUAGCUGCGAAAGCGCUCGACGAGGGCGAUAGAGGCGUCGUUGUGUCUACCAAAUGGCUGGCGAGAGUCAAAUCACGGACUUCUGAAGGCCUGAAGAGCGGAGAGUACCCCAAGGACGCGCGAGAAGGCAACGUUGGACCUCUGGACAACUCGGACAUCGUACCCGAAGGCGCUUUCCGGCCUCCAUUUCUACGCGAUCACGCGGGUUCAGACUUCAUUCCACUCAAACCCGGUCUGAGUAUCGGUUCGGAGAUUGAAGUGCUACCCUACGACACCCACGGCUAUAUCAUUGGAGCAUAUGGCUAUAAGGAGACGAAGCCCAUUGUCAGAUAUGCCCACAACACUGCUCCAGAUGGUGCAACACAGACGAACAUCAUCUACGAGCUUUACCCGCCCACCAUUACCGUUCGCAAGGUGCCGCAAUCAUCGCAAGACGAGGCCCCAAAGAAGAAGACAGGUGCAUUGGCCGCUCUUCAUGCGAGGAAAGAGGUGACGAACCGUGGCCAACAAACAGUCGACGAUGCGGUCAAGCUAGUCUCGUCGAGGACGGAGAGAUUUCAGACGUUCUUGAGACGGGCAAAGGAGGCUGCCGGUAUACCACAGACCACGAAAGUCAAGAUCUGGCGGUUACCCAACCCCACUGACAUUGCCGUCGACAAGGCUGAGAAUCAACAACCUGGCGUCCUUUCACCACCAGCAUCCCGCGAUCCUUCUCCUGCAAAAGCCGGCCAUGGCUCGCCGCCGAGGUUGGUCAUCGACCAAGCGACUUUCAACAAGAUGGAAGUCGGACGAGAUCUUGAAGCGACGGAUGCUAAGGACUUGACCAACGACGAGAAGUAUACUGGAAGUAGCACGAUGGAGUUGUUUGGUUUCUUCGAAGACCAGACAAUUUUGUUGGAGGAGCAAAUUGGCGGUCCUGCAGGUGGCGAGUUCCAGUCCGACCAGAAGAAAGGCGCCAAGAGCUUUCUCAACAAGAAAGGUGGUGGCUCGAAACCUGGCUCUGCCCCAGCAUCUGGACGUACUAGCCCUGCGCCUGGUGGCAUCAUGACCAGAGGACGAAUGCGAAAGGAUGGUCGAACGCGAGGCGUCGUCGGUCUAUCCAACCUUGGCAACACGUGCUACAUGAACUCCGCAUUGCAGUGCAUUCGCAGCGUCGAAGAGCUGGCGCUGUACUUCCUCUCAAACAAGUACAAGCCCGAGAUCAACAACGACAAUCCACUCGGACACCAUGGCGCCAUGGCCAAUGCAUACGCGGGUGUUCUGAAAGGCAUUUACGAGCAGAACUCGGGCUCUUCCUUCUCGCCGACGCAAUUCAAGAAGACUCUUGGUAGCCUGCAGCCACUGUUCUCAGGGUAUGGACAGCAGGAUUCGCAGGAGUUCUUGAGCUUUCUCGUGGAUGCGCUCCACGAAGACUUGAAUCGCAUCUACAAGAAGCCGUACAUCGAGAACCCAGACUCUGAGGAUGACAAGGUUAGGGAUCCUGAGUAUGUUCACCAGCUGGGUCAGAUAUAUCGCGAGAACCAUGCCAAGCGCAAUGCUUCUGUUGCCAUGGAUCUGUUCAGCGGCUUCUACAAGAACACCAUGGAGUGCCCCGAUUGCGACAAAGUCAGCGUUACCUUCGAUCCAUACUCUCUUCUCACCGUACAACUUCCAAUGGAUCAUGCUUUCCAGCACAUCAUCACUUUCGUCCCGCUUCAUGGCAAGCCUGUCAUGCAUCAAAUCGACGUCGACAAGAAUUCUUCAAUCAAGACGUUGAAAGAGCACAUCGCUAAAAAGCACGCUGGUGUGGAUGCCAAUCGCCUGUGGAUGGUUGAAGUCUACAGCAACAAGAUCUACAAGAUAUUCGACGACUCGACAUCGCUUGCUGAAGCUUCCGUCCAGACCAACGACUACCUCUUCAUCUACGAGCUCGAUGCUGUACCGAAGAACACGUACAAUCCCAAGAAGACAUUCUCGUAUGGCUACACAUUCAACAGUAACAAGGGCGAAGAUGUGCCAGCCGAGGGCAUGGACUCUCCCAAGGCGGACGUCUUUACCGUACCGAUCUUCCAGCGAUUCGUUAACCGCGACAAGCACGAGGUUGGAAUGCACCCUUUGUACAUCACUUUGACUCGAGAGGAGGCCAAGAACUACGAUGUCAUCGUCAAGAAAGUACUCUCGACUGUCCAGAACAUCACCAGCCGACCGAUUCUUCGAGAGUUUGAGGAGAAGGAAGGCCCUACCGGCACCAUCGAAGAGGUCGAUGAUGAGGGUGGCAAAGAGCCGAACGGUACUGAGGAUGCUGCCGGAGUCAGUGAUCAUUCCACACAGUCUGAAGAUGGCUACGUGAAUGUGUCGUUGGACAAGCCUGCGGAUGGAGCGACGGUGAAUGGCACCAGCCCGAUGCAGAUCGACGAAGCUGAAGGACUCGUACCGCCUGGCUUCAUGGACUCGCAAUACUACCUCUCGCCUGCCCUUCGCAAUCAGCUUUUCGACCUCAAAUACAGCGAGGGACCUUCGGACAGCGGCCUCCAUGUCACCAAUCUCACUGGCGUUAAGGACUCGGUGAUCAAGACGAUGCAUGACCGAGUGAAGCCAGCCCGGCGUGCAUCCAUUCAGUCUUCAAACUCGGACGAGUCGACUACGAGCACGAACAACAGCGAAGAGAACGAGAGUGAUGCAGAUGAUCCUGACAAGCCUGAUCUUGUUCUGGGAGAGGAGUCUACACUAUCCACGCCUACUGUCAACGAUAGCGACGAAGACGAGUCUGGCGUGAUGCCUCCCUCUGAACAAGAGCCCACUCAGUCUCGAGCCGGUCGUAGGAAGAACAACAAGAAGAACAAGAGGGGCAAGAACGGCAAGAAGCGGCGCCCGAUGACUCACAGCAAGAAGGAUCGCGCUGGCCAGAAUCGCGAGAACGGAAGUUCGUCGCUCAAGUCACCAUCGCCGCAGCAAGAUGACAGCCCAUACUAUGUUCAGCUCGGCGAAUGCAUCGUGCUCGACUGGAGACCAGAAGCUGCCGACGCCUUGCUUGGUGGUGACGCUAGCGAUCCGAACGAGAUGCGUGGGCAUUGCUUUGUCAAUGAGAAUGGGCGAAAUGGCGAGCUCUUCUACGAUGCUGAGCUUGAAGCUCGACGAAAGAAGCGCGACGAGCGUAAGAAGCACGGCCUUGACCUUGAGGACUGCUUCGUCGAGACUGGCAAGCGAGAGGUCCUUUCAGAAGACAAUGCCUGGUACUGCAAUCGCUGCAAGGAGUUGCGUCGAGCCACAAAGACGCUCGAGAUCUGGACGUUGCCGGACAUUCUGGUUGUGCAUCUGAAGCGCUUUGGAGGUAACCGCUCGUUCCGUGACAAGAUCGAUGUCCUCGUCGACUAUCCCAUUGAAGGUCUGGACUUGAACGACAAGGUUGGACUGAAGGAGGACGACAAAGACUACACGUACGAUUUGUUUGCUGUAGACAACCACUACGGAGGACUUGGUGGCGGGCAUUACACUGCCAUGGCCAAGAACUUCUACGACGGCGAGUGGUAUGACUACAAUGACUCGAUCACCUCCAAGAUCGGCUCAGGCAGCAAAUCACUGCAUUCCGCAGCAGCCUACCUCCUCUUCUAUCGACGCCGUUCAGACAAACCACUCGGCCCUCAGUACCUUCAAGACAUUGUCAAUGAAUUCCGCAAUCCACCUGCCGAGUCUGUAGUGGAAGAUGCCGCUGCUGACGAUGAGUCGGGGGAAGACAGGCUCGGCGGCCCAGCGCCCUCCUCACAACAUGGGUCGUCGAGCGCCUUGGUCGGAGCAGGAGUCGGGGCGACGAGCAACCAGACGGGCAGCGCAGGAAGUGGUGGAGUUGGGGCAGCCGGCCGCCUUCUGACGCAGGGGCGGACGACGAGCAGUGAAGAGCGGACGUACGGCAAUGCCGGUAACGAUGGCUGGGGCUUUGACGCUUUGGAUCAGACGGACGAUGCUGGUGCUCAGGGUGCAUCGUUACUGCAUGCCAUCGACGACGACGCGGACAGCAACACGGCGCAGUAUGACCGGGACAACGACUCCGGAUUCGACGACAACAUGGACUAUGACACCAAUCACAACUCUGCCGACGCCAACACCCCCUUCGAAUAUGACGACGACUCGAAUGUUUUCCACGUCGAGCACGCCACGGACCUUCCUGAUCUCGUCGCACCGGAGGACCCUCCACCGGCGGAUAUCCACUUGAGCGACGUGAACAUGGAAGGCCUGAACGAUGCGGCCGGUGCUUUGCCGGCGUCGCAUGGCAAGAGGGAUUAG